CGCGGUGGGUAGUGCCAAGAUGUCGGCGGCGGCGGUUCCGGAGCUGAAGCAGAUCAGCCGGGUGGAGGCGAUGCGUCUGGGGCCGGGCUGGAGCCACUCGUGCCACGCCAUGCUGUACGCCGCAAACCCCGGGCAACUCUUCGGCCGCAUCCCCAUGCGCUUCUCGGUGCUGAUGCAGAUGCGCUUCGACGGACUGCUGGGCUUCCCCGGGGGCUUCGUGGACCGGCGCUUCUGGUCGCUGGAGGACGGACUGAAUCGGGUGCUGGGCCUGGGCCUGGGCUGCCUGCGCCUCACGGAGGCCGACUACUUGAGCUCGCACCUGACCGAGGGCCCGCACCGCGUCGUGGCGCACCUGUACGCGCGGCAGCUGACGCUGGAGCAGCUGCAUGCUGUGGAGAUCAGCGCGGUGCACUCGCGGGAUCACGGCCUGGAGGUGCUGGGGCUCGUGCGCGUCCCACUGUACACCCAGAAGGACCGAGUCGGUGGCUUUCCCAACUUCCUGAGCAACGCUUUCAUCAGCACAGCCAAGUACCAGCUCCUCUUUGCUCUCAAGGUGCUCAACAUGAUGCCCGAGGAAAAGCUGGCUGAAGCUUUGGCUGCGGCCACAGAAAAGCAGAAGAAGGCCCUAGAGAAGCUGCUCCCAUCUUCCUCCUGAGCACAGCCUGCAGGCACCUCCAGGAAGCAGUCUGGCAGCACUGGCCAAGCGUGCACAAUGACAACAGGAGAGCCACCACAGGACAGGAAGGUCACCACUGGCAGUCUCCUAUGGCCCUACGUCUGGAAAGACUCCUCAGUGAAGCUCACAGUUUCCACAGCGCUGGCCUGGUAAGGAAAGCAAUGCUCCCGGCCCAGCCUGGGUGUCCCAUCUUAGAGCCUCGACGAAGUGGCUGGCACAUGUGGGCAAGGACACUCUGCUCUGUAAAUAAAACACCUGUACUUGCUCCUCUCUUAUUUCUGGGGCCUGCUUCGCUCUCCAGGUAGCUUUGUAGAAUCAUGGGGGUUCUGAUGCAAAGGUGGCCCUAGCUACAGGCAACAGAGGGAUGGGGCAGCAGGGAUCACGCAGUUGGUCCUGCCCUGAGCAUGGUGCUCUGGGCGAGGGCCCUGGCACAGCUUUCCUCUUACUGUGGUUUAUCAGCCAGUACCUCAGGCCGUGGGACCAGAACUGAACCCCUCACCAGCCAAUCUUAAAUUUUAUUUUCCAGCAAAUGACAUAUGCUGCCCAGGCACCCCGCCCCAGUCCUCACCUGUCUGGGCGAACCUCAGUGUGGCGCCUGUGGUGUGUGGGGACACGCUCUCCCCAAGGCCCUGCCUGCUCUGGGCCCCACUCCUGGUCUGGAUAACAGACCCUCGUCUUGCCUCAGUGCGGGCCUUGCUGCCCUCGCACCGGCCACAGCCCCGUCCUGUCUGCCAGCUGCUCCUGGGGCCCGAUCCUCUGGCCCUGGCCACUGCAGCUGCCCGCUCGCUGGCCUUCUGUCCUCUGGGCACACAGCUUCAGGGUGGAUCAGUCACCCCACGUCAGAUUCUGAGAAGGGAAAGGGAAGACUGAGGGGGGCGCUCGCUCGGCUGCACAGCUGCCCUGCUCUUGGGGCCGAGGUCCUGGACGGACAGACACUCACCGUCCCCCUGGCUAAGGCUCCCGCCAGUUCUCCUUCCCGUUCAGCACUUGCAGCUUCUCCAGGCUCUGGGUCACUAAGCACAGCACUCGCCCUGAGAACGGGGGCAGACAGUUACUGCUUCACAGUCUGGAGGGCUCGAGGACACAGGAAUGGAUGACCUUGAGGGCUGGUGGGCUGUCUGGCCCCCUGGACUCACCCAUCUCCUGGACUCGAUCCUCCAGGGCUCCCGACAGCUGAGGGAGGCUCAGGGCCUGCAAGGCGGCCUGCCAGCCUUUGGAGUCUGCAGGGCAGAGAGCUGAGUAGGCCUGGGGUCUGUGCUCACGGGCCCUGCCUUUCCAUCCUGAGCCACUGCGACCAAGGGACGCCCCCUCCCCCAACCUUUGGUGCCAUACGUCCCCCUCAUUAUAUCAGAGUGUUCUCCUCCCACUUGUGGAGCAAAGCGCUGACGCCAGUCAGGGCUCAGCCCCAGGAAUGUGUGUGAGGGCCCCUGCCUACUGGGCUAUGCCCUGGGGGGGCCCAGCCAGGGGCUGUAGAAGUCACUUGAGGUCUUGAACAGUGGAGGCAGCCAUGGCCCAAAGGCCACCUGGAGGGACAGUGAGGACAUGGGCUUGGGCACGUGAGAGGAUCUGGGGUGGGGUGGUGUCAGUGUGAUAACUGCACUGAGACAAGUGGUAAAACCCAGCCUGGGGAGGUGUCCCUGCCCUCUGUCUACCUGUUCUGGGUCCAGGACACUGCUCUCCUUACCAGCUGUGGGGAGGCCUGGGCCCAGCAUGGCCUCGAGCGGGGAUUCAUCCUGCUGCACUCGGGCGGACAGCUCAGCUUGACAGGCUCUGCCGGACACGAGAACCAAUCGCUGGUGAGGGGAGAGGCCAGGCGAUCGCAGACACCCUUCUCCCAGAGUGUGAGGCGGGGCUCUGCCCUGUGCGCCCUGCCAGCCUGUGCCUGUGCAGCCCGGGCAGAGAAAAGACCCACACGGGGCCCCUCUGCUGCCUGGUCUGCCCUGCAAGGAGGGACAGCCAGAUGAAACUGGGGUGGCGGUGACUCCAGGAGGCCCUGAAAACAACCCAUUCUUGGAAGAAUCUGGAGGAAACAGUGACUUGACUUGGCCUGGCCCUGGCCCGGGGGCAGCUCGGACACCCACUUACUGCAGCUGGUCCAGGACAAGCGCAGCGUCCCGGGCCAGGGCCCAGGUCUCCUGCAACUGUGCAUGGACGUCCUUGCGGGCGCCGUCCUGUUCCAGGAGGCAGCUUUCCACCACGGCCCGCAGCUCCUGUUCCUGUGACACCAGGCCCCGCAUGGCCUCCACCUCCUCACAGCGCUGCAGCGGGAGAGGCAGCAGGUGCAGCAGGCUGGUUCGGGGGUGGGGAAUGACCACUCGGGCAGGGUUCCCCCACCCCAUGUUCCAUCUCCGCCGUCAGACUGCCUCCUCCUCUCCUGGCCUGGGGGGACCUGUCUCCACCUUGGAGCCCCCCCGGCCUGGGCCCCUUCCUGCAAGCCCUGUGGUGUGCGCUGCUGACACCCUUUCUCCCUCCUGUGCCCACCUGUGCGCCCCGCUGCAUCCAAGCCAUGAUGCUUCCUGGCCUCACUGUCCUGUCACCCGCCCUGGCUGUUGCUCUCCGCUGAUUCUGGGCAUCUGUCUCCACUCUGUGUCCUCUGCACAUCCCCUGCCCCAGCUCUCUACUUACUUUGUGCAGCUGGAUGGCAAGCUCCUGCAUCUCGGCUUCAAGCCGGUCGGCGUAGGCCAGCUCCAAGGCAUCACUGGGGGGGCGGGCGCUGCUGUGCCAGCGGGCGAUGGCAGAGGUCAUCUUUCUCUUGGGCCCAAACAACCUACAGCAGGGAGUGAGAGGACACGGAUCAGCACCUGCUCUAUGUGGAGGUUCCGUGGGCCGUCCUUCUACCAAGACUGUCUGCUAGAAAGAUCCCAGCUUUGAAGGGGGAGAGUAGCCCCCAGGAUCCUGGGACAGAAGACAGAAAGCAUCGUAAGGAGUCGUGACCUUCCCACCCUGCCUGGCUGCUGCUUUCACUAGACAGGGAGCUGGGGCUGCUGGGGAUGCUCUCAAAGGUGGACAGUGGAAAAUGUCAGGGUGCCCUGAGCACAGCAGUGUCUGCUGGGCCAGCUCGGGGCCUCGGGACCCAGGCUGCCUGCACCUGAGCUGGGAGCAGCUGCAGAAGUGGACAGCUGACAGCAGGGAGAAAGCUGGCCACUGGACAGGAAGGGUCUCCACCCAAAUGCUGGGAGCUGCACCUCAGCUGGUUCCUGGGCAUCGUAGCCAGAGGCCUUGGGACUCACGUGAUGCCGAUUUCCUUCAGGUCGCUCUCAGUGAGGGUCAAAAAGAUGCGGAGGUCCACGUCCUGCUCCUCAAACACCUGCAGGUAUUUGAGGCAGCCAAUCUGCUCCAGCAGUGUGGCGAGGUCCUAGAGGGUGAGGAGCCAGGGCAGGUCAGAAGACAGGCAGGCCACGAAGACGUGGGGGCAGGAAAAGGCCUGUGCUGCACACAGAGCUGCCUUUCUCCUGCUGAGCACCUGGCCUGUCCUGAGCUCUGCUGACUCCCAAGUUCGGCAGAGAGCCUGGGCUGCCCCCUGUGUGUCCUCAGGCAGGGCAGGCAGGGCGUCUCUGGACCAGUAUCUUCACUGCAGCAGCAAGCACACCCUGUGGCAGGUCUGCGGCAGCAGCUCCUCUCGGUCUCUGCUGACCCGGGACUCUUCAUUUUUCCUUCACUCUGGGGGACAGUCUUUGCUGGACGCUGCACUGUUGGUUAACAUGUCGUCCAUGUCUUCUGGUCCCUGUGGUUUCUGAUGAGAAAUACGCUGUUAAUUGUCUGGAGAUCCCGUUGUACGUGCUGAGUCACUUGUCUCUUGCUCCAACAUUCUUUGUUUAGUGACACUCUGAUUGUGAUGUGUCCAGGUGUGGCUCUGAAUUUAACAAACUUAGAGCUCAUUCAGCUUCUUGGAUGUGCAGAUUCAUUUUUUGAUCAAAUCUGAGAAGAUUUGGCUUUUUUUUUUUUUCACUGAAAACUUUUUUUUUGGCCUUUUGGAUAGAAAUGGGAAUUUAUUUGCCAGGAAGGAUGAUCCCAUGGGACCAGUGCUGGGCCUCCUCUUCGCUAAUUCUGUGUUUGGUCACAAUGCAGCCUGCCCUGCACUUCUUGCCUGCGAUGCUGAAACCUGGCCUCCCCAGCACCACGUAGAGGUCCAGGCUGUAGGUACCAAUGCCUGGUAGUUUGAUCCCCAGAUCGACGUGUUCUUGGAUCCCCAAAUCAAAAUUUCCAGUAUCUGAGAGAUUAUUUUUUCUUAACUUGCAUUCUCGCACCUUUAGAUGUUUCUCCAGGAUUUCUUCUGCCUUGGCCCCACAGACUGUGCAGUGGACAGCAGUCUUUUCAUUUCCCCUGAUAAGAUUUGGCUAUUUUAAAACAUUUUUUCUACUUUUCCCUCCCUCCUCCCCAGGAACACCAUUACGUGCACGCUGUUACACUUGCUGGUGUCUCACAGGUUUCUGUUCAUUUUUCCUCAUUCUUCUUUAUCGGAUUGGAUAACCUCAAGUGAUCUAUGUUAAGUCUUCUGGUUCUCUCUUCUGUGUGCUCAAACCUGCUGUUGAGCCCCUCUAGUAAAAUUUUCAUCUCAGUUAUUGUACUUUCAGUUCCAGAAUUUCUAUUUGGUUCAUUUAUAUUUCUAUCACUUUACUGAUAUUCUGUAUUUAGACAUGGUUUCCUUUAGCUCUUGGAACAUAUUUUAUUCCUUUCUUUGUUUCUGUUUUACAAACCCUGUGUCAAGGGCUGACUUUCAGGAGAUGGCAGUGACGGAGCUGCUCUGCUACGUAGGAAACCCCGACCCAGAAGCAGGUAGCUUCGCCCCACCGGCUCCUCUGCCAAGCACAUACACCAAAUCUUGGAACACAUUUAAAGAAGCUGAUUUAAAGGCUCCAAUCGGCAUGUGUUUAAGGUAUGGAGAGGUCAGCUGCUCACCGAGCCUGGGAACACAGGUGCUGGAGAAAGCUCGCCAGAGGGGCUGCGAGGAGAAACCAGCAAAAUCACAGGCUUUUAGUGAAGAGCAGAGCUGUGACUUUAAUAAAUGGCAAAUGCUGACCUCUCUUCCACCUCUGUACCACUUAUGCCCGCAGAGGGUGGGAGAACACACUAGGCAGUGGCGCUGCUGUUGUACCUGUAAUCCUGGACAAACUGCCCAAUCAGAGCAGCCACGAUGAGAAAGGCAGCAAUUAAGUUCUCAUUAAGUCCCGACUAAGUGCCACUUUGCCUCUGCUUCCCAUGCAGCUUGUCACUGUCACCUGAAAGCAGUUCUGUGAUGCUGGUCCUGUGUUUCUCCUCCCCAGGCUCAGGGAGGCUGAGCUGAGCAUGGAAACCAGGGGGAGAGACGGAUCCCUCCAUGGAAAGGAAUGAACAGAAGCCCGGCAACUGGCUCCUCUCACCAUUAGGAAUCCUCUCAGCCCGAGUAGCUUUCUAGGUCGUGUGGAGAAAACCACCCCACUCUUUUCUCUCAACAGUGCCAGCCCCAUGGGAAGUACAAAUAACUGCCUCACAAAUCACAAGAAGCCCCACGGUCUUACCUGGGGUCCUGAGUAGGGGGACCUGUCAGUCUGGGGGAUCAAUCUUGGGGCACAGGAAGUCCCGGUGCCAGGAGGCCACUGGCUGUCGCUGCUGCUGUAACGAUUCUUGGUCUUCACGUAGCUUUUAGUUUGUUUGCGAACCGAGCUUUUCCGCGCAUGGUCCGAAUCCUGUGGUGAGAGGUGUGUGUUUAAAGCAACUGCGGGGGCUGGCAGCUGACAUGCUGCAUCCAAGCUCUGCUCCCUGCCCCACCGCCAGUGUAUGCGGCUUCCUCUGCACGCUCCCCUCACGGUGGGGAAGGUCUGAAACUUCCCGUAACUCCCCCGCCUGCCAGAGGCCUCCCCAGUGGCGGCCCCCGUGGCACUGCAUGGACACGCUCACCUCAAGUGAACUGCUAGGCAGCCCCCACGACGCCGGGGGAGGGGGAGGAGGGGGGGAGGGUCACCUCGUUGCUCUCCAGGGAGGCCUCGCUGCUGAGUUCCGGGGCCCGGGCCAGGCCCUCACUGCUGCUGCUGCUCCGCGCGGCCCCGAGGUGGGCACAGAAGGCGUGCUCUUCUGACAAUGGCGAAGACGAGGACGCCUGACCACAGGCCUCGCCCAUGGCGACUCCCCAGAGCCCUGUCCCCGAGCGGCUUCAGCCACAGCGCUCCCCGGCCCCUCCAAUCGUUCACUGUUUGCUUCUGCUUCACGCCGACUGCCAGGCCAGGCCCUUCCUCUCUAGGCUCGGCAGGGUUUGUCUGCUCUGUUCACCGAUAAAUGCAAGCAUCUAGCCAGUGCUUGGCACACAGGACACUCGGUAAACAGCUGUGGAAUGGACGAUGCACAUAACAUACGAAGACAUUUCCUAAGGACUUACCAGUCAAGAGACUAAGCCUGUCUGUCUGGACUGACUCCCAGAUCCUGCUCAGAGACCCUGGGUGAGAAGUCUCCUCACCUGUCCCCACGCCAGAUUAUGACUCUCCUCACAACAGCCAGAACCUUCUCUAACCUUCACCCUCUCCUCUGCCGGAUGGACCCAUCACAGGGCCACGGCCCAGCUGGACUGGUGGCGGGGGGGUGUGCGUACCCCGGCUGCUGCUGCUGCUGCUCUCCACAUCCCGCUCAUUGAUGGGGGAGGUGACGUCCCUGUAGCAGAGGCCCCCCUCUUCCAGGGGGUUCUCAUCGCUGCUGUUGAAGGUGACGUAGCCCCGUGGAGGCACCUGUUCUGUGGACAGAAUAGGGCAUGUAAAUCCACACGCAUGCAUAAGGAAGGACGAGUUCUUCCUUCCACACACAACCACCACCUCAGAGGGAUCUCGGCGAGGGGAGCCCCAGGACAGCAUUCUCUACUCGCCACGGUAACCUGGACAGAGCUGUGCCGUCCGCAAAUGAGGAAACAGGCUCCAAGGGGUUAGUGACCGGCUUGUGCCCAGCAGCGGGUGCACGUGGAGCCAGGCCUGGCAGUGGCGGCCUAUCACGCCACGCUGUUGCUUUGCCAAGAGGACAAAGUAGGAGACAGUAGGCUGUAUUUACAAAUUCCUGAGCCAAAGGAAAACUAUACUACAAGGUGUUCCCGCAGCUGGAAACAUCUACUCUCAUACACACACCGGCCUGCAUGGCCCCUGCGACUUUCCAGCACAGGGGCCAGUCAACCCCAGUCAAGAAGAUCCAGCUGAACAGGAAGGUAAGAGGCCCUGGCUAAACAUUAACGGCAGCGACAGUGAAUUAUAUAACCUCUGAAUGUCUGCCUGCGAGAAAACAAGAAGAGGCGGAACACAAACCAGUGUUUAAUUCCGCCUUUGCCCCUGCCUCUGCCCCACAGAAAGUACGUGUAUUUGCAUGAAAGAGCCUGGCUGGUGGGACCACAGUGUAAGAAGAAAAACAGAAUCUCCUGAAAGGCCGGAGCUGAGAGGCUGGUGAACACUCCUUCCUAUGCCCCGGCCACAGCUCAGGCAGGACAGGUGGCCUGGGCUUCUCCAAAGGAACAGACUCUGCUACUCAUCCCAGAGCCCCGAGCUCCCAGCUGCCAGACCGGACACCCGUGUCCUCACCUUCAGCACCAGCUCACCAGUCAGCCCCCUGGAUGCUGGGAGGAGGCAGGCCUGGUUACCAACCAGUGCCAGGACCCCUUCCAAGGGUCUGAGAAGGGAAUCAAGUCCUCACAUGGUCUCCUGGCUAGGAGGGGGUUCUGAGGGCUGCUCGCUAGACCAGCGGCCUGGCCACUGAUGGGUGAGACCCACACUGGAGUCUGGUCACUCAGGCCAGCACGAGAGACAGCGUCAAGCCCAACUCGCCCCAAGCACUCAGCGCCUGUGCUCCCCAAAAGCACUGCACUCAACACUCAGGAGCUGACGGUCUGACAAAAACUCAGGCCAUCUGGAAACUCAGGGUCUAGGGUUCUGGCCUACCAGGUGUCUGGUGGGCAGUUCUCAAAUCCACACCCUGAGAAAAGAGUGCGAGGGCAGAGUCCUCCCCAGGGGAUGCGGCAGAGACAGGAAGGGGACUCAACGGUCACGUUCUCCCUGCUGGGCUGACCCACCCACGUGAGGAAUGGAUCCAAGCUCAGUUAUCUCUCUCCUACAGGAGAGAAUGUUCUAUUUGUAGUUUUAACCAACAGAAAGGAAACUCAAAGGACGAACCAAAACCCAAGAGCGAGACACUGACUAAUGUGUCUCCAUCCCUGUGAUGGAUUCUGAGUCCUUGAGCUGCUGCUCCCACCCGGCAGCCCAGGCGGCCCCCACAUCAGGAGCCUGAGAGUUGCUCGUUCUCUCAGACAGAAUCCUAGACUAUGGUGUCAAAGCCACCAGGAUCAUGGGGCACUAACCAUAGCAAGGCUGCUGUAUCCUGCCUCCGAGUCCAAUAGCUGUGAGCCUGGCCAAGGCUCGCGGCCCCUCGUGGAUGCUGAGGCCCUUCUUCCGACAGGGCCUCUGUCUCUGAGGGACAGGGCAGGAUUCAUCUGAAGAGCUCAGAUCUUCGUAUUUUUCUGUGGGUCAAACACCAAAAUUUAGACAGUAUGUUCAGUGAUGGACUAAUUUACUAAUCCUUAUAAUGAACUGAAAUAAAAAUCAUCGUAAUUGC